AUAUCUUAUCAGUGAUCUUUCAUCGUCAGACACAACUGCACACAUACCCUCUCUCUAGUGCCAUACAGAGAAACUCAGAAGCACCACAACAAGAACACACAAAUCCUUCUUUAAAGACCGCCAGAAUGUUCAAUUUCUUCACCACACUCAUCGCUGCCUCGGCUGCUGCCACAGUUGGCGCCGUCCCUACCCGCCGCAGCCAGUCUGCGAGCAUCACCCCUCACGACAAGUACUCAUCCUCUGUCGGUGUCCUUGGCUGCAAGAUCGACACCAACAACGUCGCCUACUGGCCCAGCUCCGUGGACUGUGACAAGAUCUGCGUCAAGGUCACCCACGACGGCCGUUCGCGCCACUUGCUCAAGAUCGACCAGUCCGGCGGUGCUCAUGACAUCUCAUACGACGCCUGGAACUACCUUGUCUCCGGCAAGUCUGCCACCGAGGACCCUCAGAUGGGUGGCGGCGUCGAGAUGGAAUACGAGUUCGUCGACAACGAGGAGUGCGCCGAUCUCAUGGACGAUGGAAAGCUGGACUUUUCCGCCGCCAACAGCAUCAACUUUGUCACCUCUUGCGGCGCUGAUACCUGGGUCGGCAAGAACCACAAGCUCAUCAACAUCCAAGAUCCCCAGUGCAAGUACGGCGACGAUGUCGAGUGCAAGCUCGACCUCGCUGUGAGCAACCAGCCCAACUGCGGCAGCUCGGUGCUGGGCAUCAACACCGACUCGGGCCUCAAGGUGGUCGACAUUGCCUACGGCACUGGCAAGAAGGUUACCGCUUGAUAGAUUACGGCUUGAUAGAUUACCGCUUGAUAGAUUACCGCUUGAUAGAAACAUAGACUUGAACUUGAACUACAGAUCAUAAAUUGAUGACCCGAUAUAGACGCGUGUCUGCGCGUCUCGAUACAUUUCCCCUCUGAAAAUGCGUUGUGCAGUGUUUCGUCGGCGUCGUUAUGAAAGGCAGUCCGCUACAGUCGCGAGGAAUGUACUCAUCCGGUCGUGCGAACAGGGAACAGAAGUUGGUGAAGUGAGGCUAUGUGUGAUAGCGGUGUUCAUUCAAGGUGAUGUGCCCCGUGUGAUGUGCCCCGUGUGAU